AUGUAUUUUGUGGAGCCGGCCGGGAGUGUGCGGUCACUGAGAAGGGAGAGCCCACCUGCCUCUGCAUUGAGCAAUGCCUGCCUCACUGGAUCCAAAAUUCAGGUCAAUUACGAUGGGCACUGCAAAGAGAAGAAGCACGUAAGUCCAUCUGCCAGCCCAGUUGUUUGCUACCAGUCUAACCGUGAUGAGCUCCGGCGUCGCCUCAUCCAGUGGCUGGAAGCUGAGAUCAUUCCUGAUGGCUGGUUCUCCAAAGGCAGCAAUUACAGUGAAAUCCUAGACAAGUACUUUAAGAACUUUGAUAACGGUGAUUCUCGCUUGGAUUCCAAUGAAUUCUUGAAAUUUGUAGAACAGAAUGAAACCGCCAUCAAUAUUAGCACCUACGCUGAUCAGGAAAACAACAAGCUUCUUAGAGGACUCUGCGUUGAUGCCCUCAUUGAACUGUCUGAUGAAAAUGCUGAUUGGAAACUCAGCUUCCAGGAGUUCCUUAAGUGCCUCAGCCCGUCCUUCCACCCUCCAGAGAAGAAGUGCGCCCUGGAGGAUGAGACAUACGCAGAUGGAGCCGAGACUGAGGUGGACUGCAACCGCUGUGUCUGUGCCUGUGGAAACUGGGUCUGCACAGCCAUGACCUGUGAUGGAAAGAAUCAGAAGGGUUCUCAGUCCCAUGCAGAGGAAGGGAUGACCAGAUAUGUUCAGGAUGUCCAAAAACACCAGGAAACAGCUGAAAAGACCAAGAAGGUGAGCACCAAAGAGAUCUAA